AUGUCUCAAUACAUUUACAUCAACGGCUACCCCGGCGUCGGGAAGCUCACGAUAGCUAGGGAGCUAUCCAAACUUUUCCCAGGAAGCGAGGUCUGGGACAACCAUCGCAUCAUCGACCUCGUCCACAUCAAUCGAGACCAUCCAGACUAUAACCUGAUGAGGGCCUUCCACCGCCGCAACACCUUACUUACCAUCGCCACAUCUGAUUUACAUCAAAACACAACGUACAUAUUCACAGACGCGCGGUGCUCGAGUCCCGUUGGCAGCGCCGCUGCUCAAGAAUAUGAGGACGCUGCCAGAAGGAGGGGUCUGCCUUUCAUUCCCAUCGCCCUGGAGUGUCAGUUGGAAGAGAACAUCAAGAGGGUCACGGGGAGCGGUCGGGGUGGAGCUGCAAACGGGAAGCUAACAGAUGUCAACAUCCUGAAGGAUAUCAGGCAGGAAGAGCAGAUGUUUCGCUUUGGAGGGGAUCUGGAGCUCGAACUGGACGUCACGGAGUUGACACCAGAACAGGCCGCUUAUAAGAUCUUUGAACAUGUCAAGACCGUGACACAAAGCCUUUCGGUUUCGAAGCCUGUGUUGGCUCAUGCUUACACCAUCAUCUAA